UCUUGCUUUGCUAUGCUUUCUCAACUUUUGUGUGUAUGUGUGUGGCAGAAGGUAGCGCAGCGGCGGUGGCGGCGCCGCCGGGCCACGUUGUGGACAUGGAGCACUUUGACGAGCGCACUCAGCGGGCUGGCGCGGGAUCCGCUGCCGGGACGGACGCCCGCCUCAAUGGGGUCCGCAGCCCCGCGCACAGUGCGCACUGCAGCUUGCUGCUGCGGCGCGCACCGCGCAGCCUCCAGGCCCUGAGUGCCGAAAAGCGCGCUAAGAAGGUGCGCUUCUUCCGGAACGGCGACCGCUUCUUCCACGGCAUCGUGUACGCCGUGUCGUUCGACCGCUUUCGCACUUUUGAGGCGCUGCUGGCCGACUUGACGCGCGCCCUCUCGGACAAUGUCAACCUGCCGCAGGGCGUGCGCGCCAUCUACACGCUGGACGGAUCAGGACGCGUGGGCAGCCUCGAGCAACUGGUGGAAGGCGAAAGCUACGUCUGCAGCUCCAUGGAGGCUUACAAAAAAGUGAACUACAGCAAAAACGUCAACCCCAACUGGUCAGUGAACGUCAAGGGCUCGGGUGUGGCCCGGACCCGCAGCAGGCCGCCCGAGAGCCGCGAAAACAAGGACUUUGUUCGCCCCAAGCUGGUGACGGUGGUGCGUGGCGGCGGCAUGAAACCCCGCAAGGCUGUCAGGGUCCUGCUCAACAAGAAGACGGCGCACUCGUACGAGCAAGUGCUCAGUGACAUCACCGACGCCGUCAAACUGGACUCCGGAGUGGUCAAGAAGAUCUACACGCUGGAGGGGAAGCUGGUGACAUGCCUGCAAGACUUUUUUGGCGACGAGGACGUGUUUGUGGCAUGCGGCCCCGAAAAGCUGCGUUUCCAAGAUGACCUGAUGCUGGAUGAGACGGAGUGGCGCGUCAUGCGGCCGAUGAGCUACAGCAAGAUGUCCUCCAUUCGAAGUUCCCCCAAGGCUUUGAUCCAGCACGGCAAGUCACCCGCGUCUGUGAACGGGACGCCGGUCAGUCAGCAGUCUACGCCGCAGACGGCCAAGUCCCCCAGCCCCUUCUCGACCAGCCCGGCGAGCCUCGUCCAACAGUGGGGCUCUCGGGGCUCCUCCUCCUCCUCCUCUUUGUCAUCCAGUCAAGCGUCCAGCUCGCAAAACAGUGACGAAGCCGUGACUGACGAGGAAGUUGUCGCGGAUGAGGCUCCGGCCUUGGCGGACCAGGCUCCGGCUGAGGCGCCGGCCUCAGUGGACGAGGCUCCCUCCUCGGCGGACGAGGUUCCGGCUCUCCCUUCCUACAUAUCGGAGCGCUACAAGGUGGGCCGCAUGCUGGGCGACGGCAACUUUGCGGUGGUUCACGAGUGCGCCGAGCGCUCCACGGGACGCCAUUACGCGCUCAAGAUCAUCAACAAGGGCAAAUGUCGAGGCAAGGAGCACAUGAUUCAGAACGAGGUGGCCAUCCUGCGGCAAGUCAAGCAUCCCAACAUCGUCCUUCUCAUUGAGGAGGUGGACACGUACAGCGAACUUUACCUGGUCAUGGAGCUGGUCAAGGGCGGAGACCUGUUUGACGCCAUCACUUCUGCCAACCGCUACACAGAGAAGGAUGCCAGCGGCAUGCUCUACAACUUGGCCAACGCCAUCAGAUACCUCCACAGCCUCAACAUUGUGCACCGAGACAUCAAGCCAGAAAACCUUCUGGUGUACGAGCAUGUGGAUGGUAGCAAGAGCCUCAAACUGGGAGACUUUGGUUUGGCCACAGUGGUGGACGGACCUCUUUACACCGUCUGUGGCACGCCGACAUAUGUAGCGCCUGAAAUCAUUGUGGAAACUGGGUACGGGCUGAAAGUGGACAUCUGGGCGGCCGGCGUGAUCACUUACAUUCUGCUGUGCGGGUUCCCGCCUUUCCGGGGGAACAGCCAGGAUCAGGAGGUGCUCUUUGACCAGAUUCUGAUGGCCCGGGUGGAGUUUCCUCUGCCGUACUGGGAUGGCGUGUCCGACGCGGCCAAGGCGCUGAUCGAAUCCAUGCUGGAGGUGGAAGUGGACCAGCGGUACACGGCCCUGGAGGUCCUAGAGCAUCCUUGGGUCAUCGAUGAAGGCCUUUGCAAGACUGACCGUCAACUGUCAGUCGCAGGAAAGAUCAAGAAGCAUUUCAACACCUCGCCAAAGGGCAGCGACAACACGCAGGCGCACAUUUGGUUGGACGGAACCUUUUCUAUGCAGAGAUCCGGCUCGUUGGACUUCCACCGGCACCCGGCUAUGUAUUGGAUCAGGCCUCCCUUGUUGAUAAGGAGAGGUCGCUUCUCGGAUGAAGACGCCACCCGGAUGUGAUGACCUCUGCAAAUCUAUCACAAAAAAUGUCCCGCUCAAACGCCAGCCUCCCACGCGACUCUGAUGACAUCUCCAUCAGCUCUGAAGAGGGCGGGAACCCCUUCGAGAAGUUCCUGUAGUGGUGAAAACUUUGACGCAAAAAAAAAAAAAAACUGAACAUGAGAGAAAUCUUUUUUCCAAGAGGUGAACUUUUUUUGGUUGAUUAUAUUUCAUUUAUCCACGUCUCAUUUGUCAUUCCCCUUUGGUGAUGGAACAUCCCUGGCAAUAUGGACCAAUGAACUUCAUCUUGUUUUUUG